AUGAUCAGCAGCAGCUGUAAAUGGAAGUCCAAGGAUCUAGCAGUUGCUCAGUUGCACAAGGACUUCGGGAAGGCCUUUCGUCAUGGGAAACAGCCUAGUCAGCAUCAGAAAAUUCACACUGGUGAGAAGCCCUAUGAAUGUAAAGACUGUAAGAAUGCCUUCCUAUGGCAUAAUCAGUUUACUCAACACCAAAAUAUUCACAACGGGGAGAAACUUCAUGAAUGUAACAACUGCGGAAAGGCCUUCUGCUGGGGUUUGAACUUUGUAAUUUAUAAGAAAAUUCACAUUGGUGAAAAACCAUACUUAUGUAAAGACUGUGGGGAACCCUUUAGACGAGGUGAUGAACUCAAUCCGCAUCAGCAGCUUCAUACUGGGGAGAAAGACUAUGCGUGUAACAAUUGUGAGAAGACUUUUAGCCAUCUCUAUAAACUUCUGCAACACAAGAGAGUCCACAGUGAUGAUAAGCCCUAGGAAUGUAAAGUCUGUGGGAAGGCCUUUAUUUGUAGUUCCAACCUCACUCAGCAUAAGAGAGGUCAGAAGCCCUUUGAGUGCCAAGAGUGUGGGAAGUCCUUCACCAGAAUCAACUACCUCACUCAGCAUCAGAUGAUUCACACUGGGGAGAAGCCACAUGAAUGUAGGGAAUGUGUGAGGGCCUUUCAAUGGGUGUCAAGCCUGGUUAAACACAAGAGGGAGCAUUCAGGUGAGAAACCCUAUAAAUGUGCAGAAUGUGGGAAGGGCUUUAGUUGUGGCUAUCACCUCACCCAGCAUGAGAGAAUUCACACUGGGGAAACCCCUUACAAAAAUAAAGACUAAGUGAAGUCCCAUGUAUACAGAUCAAGCCUUCUUAAAUGUGAGAGAACUCAUCCUGGAGAGAAAACCUGUGAGCAAGGUCUUUAG